GUAAAUUAUAUAACAAAAAAAUUGCGUCAAAUUACAAAGACUCAAACAGAGAGAAAAUUAGAGGAGCGCCAUUCCCAGUUUAAUUUUGUGUUCUAUUUGCUCUCGGAAAUGGAGGAGAAUUUCGACCCCGACCUAAUUCACGCCAUUUUCAAGCUCGUUUGGCGCAAAAAAGCUUUCGAGAGAGAAAAGAACGAAGGCAUUGAUACUUUGGACCAUGAGGGAGCAGUUGGGACAACUAAAAAAGUCCGGCCAACAUCUGCAAAUGCAACUGCUGUGAAACUAAGUUGUGAACUCCUCCGAAUCUUCAUUACAGAGGCCAUUCAAAGGGCUGCCGCCAUUGCUGAAGCAGAAGGCGUUAGUCAGAUAGAAGCAACCCAUUUGGAACGAAUUCUUCCACAAUUAUUGUUGGACUUUUAAGGCACUGCAAGACCGUGAUGUCUAUGGUCAAAACACUGCGUGAUGUGGAGUGAGUGAACUUAAGCAUUUGAUAUUCAUACAUGUUAAAAUCAUCAAUACUGUGAGUAUAGUGGAUUAAAUUUGAAACUUCUGCCUUAUGAUACGAGUAUGUUAUAUGACUGAGCUAUAUUCUUUCUAGUAGAGUUUUCCAUUAAA